AUGACCAGCGCAGUGUUUAGAAUUUUUAACCCCAAAGGUCCGAAAGAGGACGCCACUGGCAAACGCCGCGCUCAACUGAGACGGGCUCAAAAGUCUUAUCGAGAUCGCAAAGAAAUUUACACAAAAUCACUAGAAGUAGAGCUUGCACAAACGAGAGCUAGAGAGGCUGAUCUGUCUCGAGAAUGCGAGCACCUGCGCAACACCAUCCAAGAGCUUUCUCAUCUCAUGUCUCAUCAUGGGAUCAGCACCCCAGCCGGUUUGGUGUCAGAAAGUCCCAAGGAAGCCCAUCUCUGGUCGAGGGCUUCGACUGCUGUUUCCCCUCACUCAGUAGCCGAUGAAACUGGCGCAAGUCCUUCGAAUAACGAACACAACGCCGCGCCAGAACCUCGAACAGACAAUCCAUUGGGUCAAGUCACAACAUUGAGUGCCAAAGUCGAUGACGGGACCACUGCUGUCAUGGUCCCGCCCUUUGAGAUUAUCACUUCAAGAGAGUUAUUGAACAAUCAAUUUACAGCGACAACGGAAACGUUACGUUUCCAGGCAAAUGGCGCCACUCGGGUUUGCGAGCUUGACGCGGUUGCUGUCGGCAUGGAAUUUGUUUUGACGAUUGAGAGACCCUGCCUUGACCACCUCCAUGGCGACCCUGAGAAACCGGAAAAGCCAAACGGCCACGCAUUAACAGCCUCGGCGCAGCUCUAUGCUGUCGCACCAGACUUUACGGGAGUAACUAAUUACCAGCGUUGGGCAUCGCAGGAAGCAGCCCCAAUAGAGUUGCUGAGCCGACUGCUAUCUCUUUCGUCGAACUUGUGCGCAGACGACGAACUUACACCAGCCCAAGCAUGGAACCAUGUCAGAGGCCAGCCACAAUUCGGUGGGCUUGAUAUAAGGAAGUGCCAAGCGCUCGCUAAUAAACUACGGGAAGCAGUGAAAUGUCACGGAUUCGGGGCCGUCAUUGAUCGAAAAACAUUUGAUAGCUUGGUGUUUGAUGCGUUAAUUCUUGGGCAGGACUUCUAG